CGGGUCGCAGUGAAAGAAAGAAAGUGUUUCUGGCACUUCACUUUUCAUCUCUCUCUUCCAUGGAAUCCACAAGUCGGCGACGCUUUCACUCUCUCCGGCGACGAUGAACUCAUCGCCGGCGAAAUGAGCUCGCGUCGAUUCCUUCUCACUCCUUGUUCCGUGAGUUCCUUCUUCUCACUCCUUCUCCGUUUUCCGGUCGCCGGAAAAUUUAUCCGGCGUCACUCGUACUGAACAAAACGAUGUCGCGAAUCUGUUUUCUUCUCCGUUUCGUUUUCCACUUGUCUCUCUGUGACUCUUACAUUACUUCUCUCGUUCGGUUGUUCUCGAUCGGAUCCAUUUCGCGGACGGAAAAUCUUCGCCGGCGAAGUUAGUUAUACAAGCUUUAGCUAACGUUAGUUGACCUAAGAAAUUAUAAAAUAGAAAACGGAAUCUAAGAGUUAGUUCGGUUCAGUUACAGAACGGUUAAAUGAAAAAAAUAAGCGCGAUGUUAGAUCUUAAUCUCAAUGUGGACUGGACCGAGUCGACUCAGAACGUCGACUCGGCGGUGUCGUUUGAGAAGUUUCAAGAAGGUUUGAGGCACCAAAUGGCGGAGUCAGGGACUUCGAAUUCCUCGGUGGUGAAUGCGGACGGUUCCAGCAACGGCGGCGGAGACGAGGACUCGUGCUCCACGCGCGCCGAUGACCUGUACACCUUCAAUUUUGAUAUCCUCAAGGCGAACGACGUCGUAACGAGGGAGCUCUUUCCGGUGAGCGGUGGGGGAACUAAAGGAGAGUCCGAUACGCCGUCGCUUUCGGCGAGGAAUGGCUUGGUGGAUCUCUCGUUCGAUCGCGAGGGAGGGAACGGUGCGAUGAAGGUGGUUCAGCCUCAGGUUCAGCCUCAGCAACCGGCGAAGAAGAGUAGGAGAGGACCGAGGUCUCGAAGCUCGCAAUACAGAGGGGUUACCUUUUACAGAAGGACGGGAAGAUGGGAAUCGCAUAUCUGGGAUUGCGGGAAACAAGUCUAUUUGGGUGGAUUUGACACGGCUCAUGCUGCUGCUAGAGCCUAUGAUCGAGCUGCAAUUAAGUUCAGGGGAGUUGAUGCUGAUAUCAAUUUCAAUCUGAGUGAUUAUGAGGAUGAUCUUAAACAGAUGAAGAAUUUGUCCAAGGAGGAAUUUGUACAUAUACUGCGUCGCCAAAGUACUGGUUUCUCGAGAGGAAGUUCUAAAUACCGAGGAGUAACGCUUCACAAAUGUGGCCGGUGGGAAGCUCGAAUGGGACAAUUCCUUGGCAAAAAGUAUAUAUAUCUUGGCUUAUUCGACAGCGAAGUAGAAGCUGCAAGGGCUUAUGACAAGGCAGCUAUCAAAUGCAACGGAAGGGAAGCAGUGACCAACUUUGAGCCAAGUACUUAUGAAGGAGAGAUGAAAUCCGCAGCCAUUAAUGAAGGUGGUAGUCAGAAUCUUGAUCUCAAUUUGGGCAUAGCAACCCCAGGACCUGGUCCCAAAGAAAAUUGGGGCCAACUUCAGGUCCCCUCCGUCCCUUACAACAUGCAUAGCGGAAGAAGUUCAAUGAUGCAAACCAAUGUUAAUUCUGGAAUUGGUAAUCCAUCUUUGAAACGGCUGGUUGUAAAUGAAGAUCGUCCUUCUGUAUGGAAUUCCAUGUGUCCUAAUUUCUUUCCCAAUGAGCAGGAAAGAGCAGAGAGAAUCAGCAUUGAUCCUUCAAAAGGACUCCCCAAUUGGGCGUGGCAAACACAUGGCCAGGCCAAUGCUACCCCAGUACCAACGUUCUCUGCUGCAGCAUCAUCAGGAUUCUCAAUUUCAGCUAACUUUCCAUCGACUGCCAUCUUUCCAACAAGAUCUAUGAAUUCAGUUCCCCAGAGUCUUUGUUUUACUUCAUCCAGCACCCCUAGCAGCAAUGCAUCUGAAUAUUAUUACCAGGUUAAGACCCCGCAGGCACCACCAUAGCUGAUCUUGUACUACAGAUUAUAGGCAAACCAUAAAAAGUGUUUGCAUUCAAUUUUUUUUUGUUGGUAUAAUUCAGUAACUGAUUGGUGUAUACCGAGAUUUGACACCUGAUUGCUACCUCUUGCUUAAACUAAUAAUGCCCCAUGUUUCGGUGAAUCAUGUUUGAAGCAAAUGAUGUUUUUAGUGCACUAUAGCACAUCGA